AUUUGCAAAUAGCUUGCUUCGUUAAGUCCUUGUCUAAAGUUCCUUGGAAAAAAUUAUGUGCCUGGAAAGCAUCGGAACCUUUUGUCUUAUAGUUUAAAUUUUUACAGUUGUUCCAAGGCCCUUAAGGAGCUUUUCUUAUAUCGUUUUAAUCUCUAUUCUUCAUCUACAAAACCAGCUGAUAUGACUUUUGACACAGUGUUCGGCGAUAGUUGCUGGGAGGUUUCCUGAUUCGGAUAAUCUUAAUCCAAGAUUUUACUUCUUCGAACCAAAUAUAUUAUAGUUUCCACUUUAUCAAAUUAAAAUUUUAUGAAUACAUAAUUAAGUCCUGGAUAAAAGCACUGUUUUCGUCCAUACGCCCAUACUAUUUUGAUAUCAUGAAGCCAAAAUACGUCACCAAUAUAAAACUUGUUCUAUUUCUUCGUUUUUUAUGUGGAUAUUACUACGAAAUGGAAAUACCAAGGAGAUUAAAGACCGUCGCUAAAGCCUACUGUAUCUUCUUUCUGCUUUUCUAUUUAAUUCUCCAUCAUUUGUACUGUAGCUUCUCAAAUCACACUGCAAAAUGGUCUUUGUACUUAGAAUAUUCCAUCUAUGUGUUUAUGUCUUUGUACUCGAAGAAGAUGUACCUUAUGGACUACUAUACUAGCAGCAGAAUAAUCGACUUUGAGCCACACUCUAGAAUUUAUAAGAAACUCAAUAUCUAUCUUGCAAUUUUGAUUCCAUUCCUCGUUGUAUUAAAAAUUGUGAAUAUGGUCACUUUCUGUUUGUCUAAGUCCUUUAAUUGCUGGUCAUGGGUUAGCUUAUUGCAUAAUUUACUUUGGAAUUUCACCGUAUUGGGUAGGAUUCCACCGGUAUUUGUUUUUGCUUUGUUGUUCUGCCGCGCGAGAAUAAUUCGUAGGACCUUAGAGGACUUUGGUAUCGAUCACGGUCAGACCGGGAAGUACAGUACUAAAAAGUUUAUCCAAAUGUACGAGACACUGGUUGACGGUUUUAAAAAGACCGAACACCCAUCUAAACAGUUGUUAACCGUCUUUUUGCUCUGCUCAACACCAAAACUGAUUUUGGAGACCUUUCUCAUGCUUAAUAAAAUAAAAGAAUCUGGACCGAUUGUAGAAAAAUUGGCGGUCUACGCGAUCGAAACAUUCUAUACGCACCUUUUCUUCGUCGUUUCCUCAAUUUUGUUUGAUUUGAUCAAUGUGGAUCUACAGCGGAUCAAAAUACUGAUCGUCGAAAAACGAAUGAAGACUAAAAAUCUGAAACACCGCAACGAAGUAGAGAAGCUGUUUCAGUUCGUUCAGUCCCAGACUAUAGAAUGUACUCUGUGGAGGGUUCUGUCUUUGAACGUCAGGAAUAUAUUGAGUUUUGUUUCUUUUGCCGUCACAACCAUCAUUGCUGUCUUACAAAUAAAGAAUAAUAACAUCUAUUGAGUGGAAUUAACGUAAUAAUAUGUCUUAAUUGAGAUGUGGCAUGC